AUGGAUGAUCUUUCCAAAAUUGGCGCUACCUCCAUCGUUCAUCUACCAGAUGACUGCCUUACUAUUAUUUUUCAUGCUUUAGAUUGUCGUACUGAUCGUGAAUCAUUUGGCUUGACUUGCCGACGAUGGCUCCAUAUUCAGAAUUUCAACCGUCGGUCACUGCAAUUUGAGUGUUCAUUCAGUAUAUUAAAUCCCUCCUCUUUGUCGAGAAAGGGGCUUGAUGUUCACACUGUCCAUCUCCAUAGGCUACUGAGGCGCUUUCAACAGUUAGAGUCUUUAUCCUUAUGUGGUUGCACGGAGCUCAAUGAUUCAGGAUUAACCCGUUUGCUAAGCUAUGGUUCGAAUUUACGAAAACUUAAUCUAGAUUGUUGUUUGAAAGUUACUGACUACGGCCUAUCCCUGGUUGCUUCUGGUUGUCCCUCAUUGACGUCAAUUAGUCUCUAUCGGUGUCUCAACGUUACUGAUGACGGAUUAGUGACUUUAGCCACUGCUUGCUUAUCUUUGAAAUGCAUAAACCUCUCGUACUGCUCACAAAUAUCCGACAAAGGGUUGAAAGCUCUUACUCAGAUGUGUCGUCAGCUUCAGGCAGUUAACAUAUCACACUGUGAGAGUAUAAGAGGUGUCGGCUUCAAAGGGUGUUCAAAAUCUCUCGCACAUGUAGAGGCUUGGUCUUGUAAGCUCAGCCCAGAAGGAGUGACGGGAAUAAUUAGUGGUGGUGGUAUAGAGUAUCUAGACGUUUCUUGUUUAUGUUGGUCUCCUUUAGGAGAUCCCUUGCUUGGAAUAAGAUUUUCCUCAAACCUCAAAGUCCUUAACUUUCGAAUGUGUAGAUCUGUUUCCGAUACUUCUAUCGUUGCAAUAGCCAUGGGAUGUACACUACUUGAAGAGUGGAACUUAGCAUUAUGUCAUGAGGUGAGGAUAUCCGGAUGGCAAGCAGUGGGGUUAUAUUGCCAGAAUUUGAAGAGACUGCAUGUUAAUCGAUGCCGCAAUCUCAAUGAUAAUGGCUUGCAGGCAUUACGAGACGGUUGCAGAAGUCUCUCGGUUUUGUACUUGAAUGGUUGCGUUCACGUGACGCCUUUUGCAUUAGAGUUAUUCAAGUCUCACAGAGCAAAUGUUUGUAUAAAGGAAGAAGAGGUAAUGUGCAUCAAUCCUUACUCCCCAUUCAGAUGA